AUGGCAACCCAAGUCUUUCGAGAACUUUCCAAGUCUAGCCGACUCAUCUAUCGAGCCCCAGAAAGCUCCGAAGAGGAUGUUGCAUUUUUCCACCAUCACAUUGUCAACGACGAUGUAAUCAAAACACUCGGUGGUAGACGUCUCCCACGCCCAUAUCCCAAAAAGAGUGCAGAGGAGUUCAUCAAGGCAAUGCAAGAUUCCGUCCUCGGGGUGGUUAUAUGUCUUCCCCAAGAUUCCCCCGAAGCAGAUCAAAAUUCCAAGCCAGUCCCAAUUGGCUUCGUGGGCGUUUUCGGUUCGACUGGACCGGAUCACGCUCAUCAUCGCAAUGCGAUGAUAGUAAUCUCACUUGCGGAUGGAUUUCGCGGGAAAGGAUACGGUGGAGAAGCUAUCAACUGGGCACUGGACUGGGCAUUUCAACAUGUUGGACUGCAUAGAGUCACUAUAGGCGCAUUUUCAUUUAACCACGAUGCAUUGAAGCUUUAUAGGAAGCUUGGAUUUGUGGAUGAAGGUCGCGAACGUGAGGCUGUAUACCAUCGUCGCGCUUGGCAUGAUAUUGUCAAUUUGUCUAUGCUGGAGCAUGAGUGGGAAGUUUUGAGAGGAAUAGUGCCGGAUCAGACAGAUCGCACUCCCGCUUCUCUCCCUGAAACAUCUGGUGAAUGA